AUGCCGGAGUUUAGAGGAGAUAUUGCAGUGGUGACAGAUACCAGCCUCAGAUGUGACUUUAGGCAGCAGCUGUUCUGUAAACUGACGCUGAGGCACAUCAACAGGAUUCCUCAACACGUUCUCCGUCACGUCAAUGGCAAGAGAUACCAGAAGGCACAGCACCAAUACGAAGAAUGCCAGAGGAUGGGAAUCCCGUACGUCCCAGCUUGCAUGUCGGGAAAGAACAAAAAGCGUCGGGAUCGGUCUGACAAGGCAGGAGACAGACACAAGCUUUGGGAGCCGGACUCAAGCGAAGGGGAGGAGGCAGACUCAGAUGACAGCCUUAGUGACCUGUACCCAAAGGAGAUAUUCAAGAGAGACGCACCUGGGAAGGGGGAAGACAGUGACGAGUUUCUCUCCGACAAUGAAGAGUGUGAGAAAAUGGAGGUGGAGAGCCAGGCACAAGGAAAACGAAAAAAGAAACAGCCCACGUCCUCCAGUAAGAAGCUGAAGAAUGGCCGCGGGCAACAGCCCGGGAGCCGCAGGGGUAAACACAGGCCCAGAGCAGCCAACAGUACCUGAUCCGGGCCCCACUCAACAGUACCUCGGGUUCCACCACUGAGGCUCGUUGGGUGUCUUGUUGUCGGGCGCCUGAUGCCCGCGACUUGUUACUCAGAGACAGUUGCAGUUUAGCCGUUAGUGAUUUUUAACUUUCUGUCGGGGUGAAGAUCUGUGUGUGUGAGCGGUCGGGUGUGAUAAUACAUGUCCCCUCGGAAGGCCCCGACUCGUGUGGAGCAGAGUUUCAGUAAUGAUUCUUUCCGACAUUGAGGAUGUCACUCAGUCACCAAGGCAGCAGACGGAACUGUGUGUGCGGUGAGGGGAGGGUGGGGGAAGAAAAGGGUGUAAACUAAGUUGAACACUUAGUGUUUGUGUGGAGCUCUGUGGACAGCGGGUGACCGGAUUCCCGCUCCCAGGCUGGUGCUUUAAAAAAAAGUAUUAAAUCAGGUUGGUUUCUGUGU